GUGCUCUCGCUUUUAUCUCUGUUGUCCUCCUGUUGCAUCUUCCAAACCCUUCCAGCUCUUUUUGCGCAAAAUUUAAGCUCAUUGAUUGGUGGGGUACUUUUACUCUAGUUGCUGCCACUAUUUUAUUAUUACUAUCACUUAAUUGGGGUGGUUCAAAAUAUGGAUGGAAUAAUCCUAUUAUUAUAAUUUUAUUAUGUCUUGGUGGCAUUGGAUAUAUUUUAUUUGCAUUUAUUGAAGGAAAAAUCGCUAAAGAUCCUAUUGCUCCUGGUCGUUUAUUCAAAAAUCCAAAAGUAGCUGCUUGUUUUAGUAUAAACUUUUUUCAUGGGAUGAUAAUGGUUGGUUUAUUGUAUUUUGUACCACUUUAUUUUCAAGUUGUAAAAUCCGAAUCUGCUACCAAUUCGGGUUUAGAACUUCUUCCUUAUAUUCUAGGUUUGGUCGUCGCUUCUAUGUCUAUUGGCCAACUAGUUUCAAGAACUACUUUUUUUUCUUAUGGUUUAAUUUGCAUUGUUGGAAGUAUUUUAAUGGGCUUAGGGGCUGGAUUAAUUAGCUUGUUUUCUAAAGAUACAGAUAAAGGUCAAGUAAUUGGUUAUUUAUUAAUUUCUGGUCUUGGUGUCGGUUUUAUCACACAAACUACGAUAUUAGCUGGACAAGGAAUUGUGGAACAUAAAGAUGUUGCUAGUGUCACUUCAUUACUGGCGUUUUUCAGAACCAUUGGUGCAGUGUUUGGUGUAGCUAUCCUAGGAACUGUCUUUAAUAAUGUAUUUAAUUCAAAUUUACCUCCUGAAUUUCAAGGAAAAGUAUCUUUGCAUGAUUUUGGCACGUCUGCAUUAGACAAAAUUCCCGACGUUAUAAUUCAAACCUUUUUACUAGCCUUGAAUACUGCAAUUAGAUUUUUAAUUGGCAUGUCUGCAUUAGCUCUUAUCUCUUCAUUACCUAUCAUAAAUGUUAAACCACACAGAGAUAGUACAAAAAAAGCAUGA